AUGGCGCGGAUGUGUGCACCUCCCAUUGACUCUUCCAUUGUCAUUCACACCUUGCGACGACUCCCCGACUUCCAACCAACAAUGGCCUCCCUUCCCGCCUCCACCGCAGAACACCUCUGCGUCCUGGUACAUGGGCUAUGGGGCAACCCCAAUCACCUCAACUAUCUGCGAGACACACUACAAGCACAGCAUCCGGAAGACCGCCUACACAUACUCGCUGCGAAGAGCAAUGCAGAUGGCUGGACGUACGAUGGUGUGGAAGUGGGAGGCGAGCGCAUUGCGAACGAGAUCGAGCAGAAGAUCAAGGAGCUGGAGCAGGCUGGCUCGAAGAUCAAGCGGAUCAGCAUGAUUGGAUACUCGUUGGGUGGGCUUGUGUCACGAUACGCCAUUGGUCUGCUGUACAAGAAUGGGCUGUUCAACGACAUCGAGCCGGUCAACUUCACCACGUUCGCGACGCCGCAUCUAGGCGUGCGCACACCAAAGCGCGGCUACGGCGCGUAUAUCUGGAACAACCUGGGCUCGCGCACUCUGAGCACUUCCGGGCAGCAGAUGUUCAUGAUGGACCAAUUCCGAGACAGCGGCAGACCUUUGCUUGCGGUCAUGUCGGAUCAGAAGAGUAUCUUCAUCAAGGGACUGCGGAUGUUCAAGAACAAGUCGCUAUAUGCGAACACGAUCAACGACCGGAGUGUGCCAUACUUCACGGCGAACAUCAGCAGGACAGACCCAUUCGUGGACCUUGAAAAGAUAGAUCUGAACUACCUGCCUGGUCAGGAUGAGCCGGUCAUCCUGGAUCCUUCACACCCAGUCUCGCCUCGGAAACCGAAGAUACAGGAUCUCACUUACUCUCAACGACUCAGCAUGCUAUCUCAAGGCGCCCGCACAAAUCUGCCAUUCUACGCCGUGAUGUUCCUGAUUCUGCCAAUCGGCGUACCUACCUUCCUGGUCAACUCUGUCUACCAGUCGUACAAGUCUGCGCAGCGGGUCAAGCUCCACGAAGCUGGGCAGGCAGGUAUCAGUCUCGGACGCUACCGCAUACCACUGCUGGAAGAAGCACAAGCAGUUCAGGAUCGCGUCUACGAGCGACUUACUGACACAGACGACAAAGACUUCCUGCCCACCCCACCUCCGGAGCCGCAGACUCCAGCGACUUCCAGCACCGAAUCAUUGGACGAGGAGCAGAAGCUCGCUAGGAAGCAGAGCCGGAAGGAGGACUCCGACUUCCCAAUCUUGGCGCUUGAGGAGGAGCAAUUCGACAUGAUCGAUAGCUUGGACUCGUUGGGCAUCAAGAAGUAUCCGGUACAUAUCCAGAAGCACCGUCAUACUCACGCAGCCAUUGUGGUCAGGACGAAGAAGGCCGGGUUUGAGGAGGGUGAGGCGGUCGUCAAGCAUUGGGCGGAGAAAUUUGAGGUGUGA